UCACUUCACUGGCAACCAGGAGCAUACUGAGCAACACUCUGAAUCUAACCUGAAGUGAAUCUUUCCAUUUCCCGAAGAGACAACCACAGACAUCAAGACCAUGAAGGCCGUCAUUGUUUUUGUUCUUCUUUUUGCUAGCGUCUUCUGCCACCCAGUGAAACGCUCUGCAAGCAGUUCAGAGAGUUCAGAAGAAGUGGUGAGGCCAGCUCCAGUGCUUCGGAAAGCUGCCGUAAGACUGACCAUGAAGGCUGCAGAACCUACAGCUGCUGCUGCUGAUUCGGAUGAGAGCACGGAGACAUCAGAGGAAACUGAGGAAUCCAACACGGCGUCCGACGACAGCACAGACAGCGCCGACAGCGCAGACAGUGCGGACAGUGCCGACAGCGUGAACACAGAGGAGAGCGAAACGGAGGAGAGCGUUAGCGAAAGCACGGAGUCUGGAGAGACACCCACUGCUGCCACGACUGCUUUCCCCAUAUCUGUGGUGGUGCCCACAUUCCCUCCGUUCACUGACAGUGGCCGGGGAGACAGCAUGGGCUACAGCGACUAUAAGAAAUCCAUGUACAUGGAGAGCAACGUAGUCGAGAAGGAGCCCUCGCCUUACAAGUCGUACGGCGACGACAAGAUGGGACUGAACCUGGUGAGCAAGAAGUCCGGCGCGACCUUCGACGACAACGGCGCAAACAACGUCGAGAAGACCUUGAAGGUUUACAAGGUAUACACCGUCCUGCGGCCUGUACACAACGCCCGCGUGCCCGCCUCGUCUGCACUGCCCGUAAGUAAGCACAGUCCAGCUAGUAAACCCACUGCUCUGUCUCGGCCCAAGGCCCUCCAGGUGCACGAGGAGAUACUGGAGGAGGACACCAGCACCCCCGACGUGGAGAGCCAGAGCCUGGACUCCUCCAGCAGCACCCAGGACGAGGUCGUCAUCCCCAAGCAGGCCGAGGCCGGCCUGGACAGCAGCGCGCCUGCCUCCGACGCUGCCGCCGAGGGUCCGGCGUCCUCCCAGAGCGAGAGCGACAGCCAGAGCCAGAGCCAGAGCGAGGAGGAGGCAGCGGCGGCCGCAGGGGCCGAGGGGGCCGAGGGCGCGAGUGCCAGCGCCGACAGCGACGGCACCAGCGAGAGCGAGAGCGCCAGCGCCAGCCAGGAGGAGGAGGAGUCCGAAAGCAGCCAGAGCAGCGAGGAGGGCGCCGCCACCGCCACGCCCGGCGCCGCCGACAGCGACGAGAGUGACGAGAGCGACGAGACCCAGUCCGAUUCCUCGGAAGAGCUGAGGCCAGAUCCCACCAGCGAAGUCCCCAUCAUCGUCAUCACCGCCAAGUAAAACCAACCACUGGUUCAGUGUCCCCAUGCACGGCUGGCUGCAGUGAUGAGUUUGUGAGGAAACGUCUGUGGUGUGCACAGCUAUGCACCGCGAGGCCUGAGAGAACUGAUAAACUCAGCUAGAGGGCGUAGUAGGGAACAUUCAGAGACAUUGUGGCCCUUUGAAGGUCUGUACUUGCAGCAUUUGUAAAGAGCAAUAAAAUGUCCACGGGUGUCUCCGAGAAGCACAGGCAUUUUUGUUCAUUGCACAUUUACCAUAUAUGUUUAUGUUAAUAUAUAUUUUUACUACUAUGUAUAAUGGUAUAAUGUAUCUAAAUGUAUUAAUAAAAAUGCUCUUUUUCAGUA